CAAUUUCCUUUCGAUUAGACGAGGCCGUGAUUCUUCGAAGCGGUAUCGAGACCCAUCGGGCGAUCAGCGAGGUGUUUAGUCAAGUGUAAGUCGCGUCAUAACUUACCGUUUCUAUCAGUCCAUUGAGUUCGAGAUCCAUUGAGUGUCUCCCUCGGCGCGGCAGUGCCGGGCCCCGCGCCGCCGCCGCCGCACGCCGCCGCACGCCGCGACGGAAUGCGAAAUCGCGCGAACUCGCGAGACAACAUACUUUACGGAACUUUCAUGGGGAUUUCAGACUCGCUUUGUGAUGUUUUGAGUACUAACAAAGUGUUUGUAGGCCUUGAUCAGCCAGUGCACACUGUAAGUGUUGGUAUGAAUGUCAAAUAAAGUGGUAGGUUGUGAAGUUAAUAAGUGAAACUUUAAAAGUUUAUAACUAUGGCGUUCUUUCUCAAGUUUGCGUUGCUGUUGUUCAACUUAUCGUGUACAAUAAGUGUUUUGUUUAAUAAUGAGACGGCUGACGAUAAAAAGUUAAGUUUUAGAAACAAACAGUUUAUGUUAUAUGACGACGUGAGAUGGGUGUAUGGUGGAAACUUUACAGACGCAGAAAUUAUGUUAAGUAUCAAUAAUGUCAUUCAAAAUAAUGUAAGUAGGCUUAUGCAUAAUAGCAAUAUAGAUUAUUUAAAAUAUAAUAAUGUAGAAUAUAACAAAAGGAAUCUCUUCAGAUACAAAAGAGAGCCGCACUCUUUAAUCUCAACAUUUGAUAUCUCAAAUAUGUUUAAGAAAAAGAAAUUCAAAGUCAAAGAAAAGGCAAAGGAAAUUGAAAUGCAACCCAGUCUUUCGUCGCUCAGAGCAGAUCGAAUAUUUCACAUCCCAGAAGCAACCAGCACGGUACCAGAUAUAACACAGAUUAAUACAAUACAUGAGGAGAUUCCUACGACUACUGCUGCGAUGACAACCACUGUUAAUGUUGCACCUAGAACUGAAUCUCAAACAAAAUUACUUCCCACCGCAAAAAAUAUAGCAAAGAAAAUAAAACUGAAAGCAAUCAAAGCAACUACUUCAGAUAAUCUAGAUUCCAAUAGCAAUACCAACAGUAAAUCUCCAAAAAGCAAAAUCACCGAUACAGCAACAGAGAAACCGAAAACACAAAACAAAAAACCCACCAACACUUCACUAACAACAACACCAAACCAAAGUGCAGCUAAUAACACGACAGCUUCAGCUAAACCUAGAAGAGCGAAGCAAAAAGGCAAAGUUCGCAAGCCGAAAAGUACAGUCACCACUCCGGUGACAAAAACACCGCAAGUGGUGACAAAUAGUACAGUGGUGACUCCGGUGGUGAGGAGGGAGCCGCGCGUGGUGACGAAGAAGAAGACAGCGGUGAACGAGACGGCGUGGCCAGUGAAGCACGCCGCAGUCGUGCCGGGAGACAUCGUACUGGGAGGACUGUUUAUGGUGCACAGCCGCUCCGAGGGCGCGACCUGCGGGCCGGUGAUGGCGCAGGGCGGCGUGCAGGCGCUCGAGGCGCUCCUGUUCGCGCUGGACGCCGCCGCCGCCGUGGCCCCGCCCGGCGUCACCAUCGGAGCCCACGUGCUGGAUGACUGCGAUAACGACACGUAUGGGCUGGAGAUGGCGCUGGAUUUUAUUAAAGGUUCGAUCAGCAACAUCGACGACGCGGAGUUCGCGUGCAACGCGAGCGCGGUGCGCAAGGUGAUCUCCGGCGUGGUGGGCGCCGCGUCCUCCGUCACCUCCGUGCAGGUCGCCAACCUGCUGCGCCUCUUCAAGAUCCCGCAGGUGUCGUUCUUCUCCACGUCCCCGGAGCUGUCGAACAAGGCUCGCUUCGAGUACUUCACGCGCACCAUCCCCUCCGACCUGCACCAGGUGCGCGCCAUGGUCGAGAUCGUGAAGCAGUUCAACUGGACCUACGUCUCCAUCAUCUAUGAGGAGUCCAACUAUGGGAUCAAGGCUUUCGAGGAGUUGGAGACGCUGCUGGCGCGCAGCGGCGUGUGCAUCGCGGUGAAGGAGCGCCUGGUGAAGGACUCCGGCGAGGCGGAUGACUCCGCGUACGAUGCCAUUGUGGCGCACCUGCUCACCAGGCCUAGGGCUAGAGGAGUGAUCGUCUUCGGCUCGGACCAAGAGGUCGCGGGCGUGAUGGCGGCGGCGACGCGCGCGCGCGCCGGGCGCUGGUUCCGCUGGGUGGGCUCCGACGGCUGGUCAGCGCGAGCCCUGGUCUCCGCCGGCAACGAGGAGGCGGUGGAGGGCACCGUCAGCGUGCAGCCCCAGGCCAACGAGGUGCGCGGGUUCAAGGAGUACUUCCUGGGGCUGACCGUGGAGAACAAUGUGAGGAAUCCGUGGUUUGUUGAGUUCUGGGAGGACCACUUCCGUUGCCGGCACCCGCGCGGCGCGCGCACGCCGUACAACGCGCACUAUUCGCGCGUGUGUGGCGGCGGCGAGCGGCUGUCAGCUGAGAACACGGAGUUCGAGGCGCAGCUGCAGUUCGUGGUCGACGCUGUGAUGGCCUUCGCUUAUGCUAUACGGGACAUGCACCAGGACCUGUGCGGCGGGCGGCCGGGGCUGUGCCCGGAGAUGCGCCCCGCCAGCGGAGCCACGCUGCUGCGCUACCUCCGACAAGUACACUUCACAGGUCUGACGGGCGACGAGUUCCACUUCGACAGUAACGGCGACGGGCCGGCGCGGUACAACAUCCUGCACUUCAAGCAGGUGUCGCGCGGCGUGUUCCGCUGGCUGCGCGUCGGCCGCUACCUCGACGGGGAGCUGCAGCUCGAUAUGGAUCAGAUCCAGUUCAAGUGGGGCGAGAUGCAGCCGCCGGAGUCGGUGUGCAGCGCGGAGUGCGAGCUGGGGCAGGCCAAGCAGUACGUGGAGGGGGAGAGCUGCUGCUGGCACUGCUUCAACUGCACGCAGUACGAGAUCCGGCACCCAGACAUCGAGACAGCGUGCAUCGAGUGCCCGCGCGGCACGCUGCCGGCCGCGUCCCGCACCGUGUGCGCCGCCGUGCCCGAGGUCUACCUGCGGCCUGACUCCGCCUGGGCUAUUGGUGCUAUGACCUUCUCGUCUCUGGGGCUUCUGUUGACACUGUUCGUGGUGUGCGUGUGGGCGGCGCGCGGGGACACGCCGGUGGUGCGCGCGAGCGGGAGGGAGCUAUCCUUCGUCCUGCUCCUCGGCAUCGUCAUGUGCUACCUCGUCACCUUCGCGCUCGUGUUCCGGCCGACUGAUGUGUUGUGCUCGCUGCAGAGGUUCGGCACAGGCUUCUGCUUCACAGUAGUCUACGCGGCACUCCUCACCAAGACCAACCGCAUCGCUCGUAUCUUCGCGGCGAGCAAGCACUCCGCCCGGCGCCCCUCGCUCAUCUCGCCCAAGUCACAGCUCCUCAUCUGCACCGUACUAGUCUCCAUACAGGUGGUGAUAGUGGUGGUCUGGCAGAUCGUCUCCCCCGCCCGGGCCAUCCACCACUACCCGACCAGAGAGGACAACAUGCUGGUCUGUGACUCCUACGUGGACGCCAGCUACACCAUCGCCUUCUUCUACCCCAUCGUGCUCAUUGUUGUCUGUACUGUGUAUGCUGUGCUGACUAGGAAGAUCCCUGAGGCGUUUAAUGAGAGCAAACAUAUCGGGUUCACGAUGUACACGACGUGCGUGAUCUGGCUGGCGUUCGUGCCGCUGUACUUCGGCACCGCGUCGCACGUCCCGCUGCGCGUCACCAGCAUGGCCGUCACCAUCUCCCUCUCCGCCUCCGUCACUCUCGUGUGCCUCUUCUCCCCCAAGCUGUACAUAAUCCUGGUGCGUCCGGAGCGCAACGUGCGCGGCACCCUCCGAGCUGGGGGCUCCCGGGGCUGGCGCGCGGCGGCGGCGGGCGGGGCGGUGUGUGCCGCGCUCGUGGGCACCGCGCCGCUGCCCCGGCACGACCCCACGCCUUCGACUGACAGAUCCACGCUGUUUGAUAAUGAAAAAGUGUUAUCGGACAAGUGCAGUCAGACCGAUGACAUCAAGCCGGAGGCGCCGCGGCCCACCAAUGGCAAGGCUCACAUCCCUGCCGAAGCCCUGGCGCUGGACGCCGGCAAGCUGGCGCCCGCUGGUCUCCCGGCCUUCGAGCGCAAGCCGCGACGGCUGCUGAACGGGCCUCCGGGCAUCAUCGUACUGGGAGAGGAGAUACCCUUAUAGCCGGAGCGCCGCCGCCCGGUUGUCGUGUAAAUACUGGUGAAGAUGGUACUUUAGAUAUAGGUAGCUACGGGAAUUACGUUUUAAGUUUGUAGUGAUUGUUAGAUAAAUAUAGAUAAGUACCUACCUACUUUGUUGCAAGAUAAAUUUAUGAGGACUGUUAAUAUGAUAAUACUUUGAAUGUAGAAACUUGUUUAAGGGUCUCUGCACGCCUAAAUCUUGUACGUUCAGAUAUGCGAAACCAAAUAGGUAAACGUGUGGUCUUGUCGGAUGGGCUUGGUCUGUCCACACCCUAAUACCUACCUUAUUAUGUUAUGCUGUUGAUUAUUGAAUAAAUUUUGUCAGUCAUGUUAUUUGCAAUCUAGAUAAUUAUAAUGGAUAGAAGUGAAUUGUGAUAAUUAUAAGAUCAAAUGUACAUAAAGAUAGGUUGUACAGUCUGUGACAAAGAAACCUGACCCCUUCAGGUAGCUUUUAUCACUAGGGGUCAGGGUACCUGAAUUGAGAUAAGAUACAUAAUUAAGUUGUCGAAAUAUUAUUAGAGGUAGUAUUUAGGAUGAAACGUUUACAAAUUACUUACACUACCAAAACUUGUGCCAAUUUCUUUUGUAAGUAAUUUAUUGACCACAACUACGAAAGUUUGGAUUUGUUAUACAUUAGAUACACGUACUUACUUACCUAUUUCUUCGUUUGUAUCUCUUUAUUUGUUAUUGUUGUUAGUUAUUUGUAAAUAAUGCUCAACGUGAUUUGUAGUUAUUUUAAAUAAAUAAUCAUUCAAUACAGAUAUCUAAGCUAAAAGAAUUUAAGUAAA